CAUUUAGAAUAUAAUCUAAAUAUGAUCUGAAAGUUGUGAACUCGAUCCACGAUGCAUUUCCAAGAAAUUUCCCCGUAUGAAGCUUUGAUGAUACAUACUAAUAGCUCCCCUUAUAAAUACGGAUAGUAAGGCAUUCCCCUCUUGCAUCACAAAAACCAAACAAAAACCCAUAUUCAGAGUGUAGUUGCAUUUGCGAGUUGAAAAAGCUUCAUUAUCAUGGCUGAGAUCCCAAGUGAGUUAGUUCCCCCGACCGGAACCGUCCACCGUAAGGAUUUUGGCCGUGAUUUUCUCUUUGGUGGAUCCACCUCUGCUUUCCAGAUUGAAGGUGGUGUUGAGAGAGAUGGAAGAGGCAAAAGCAUAUUUGAUACUUUUGUUGAGGAAAGGGGACUGUAUGGCGAAUAUGGCCCUGAUGCUGUCAAUCAUCGCGAAUUCUACGAGAUAGAUGUGGAACAUAUGAGGGAUAUUGGAUUUAAUUCUUACAGAUUUUCCAUCUCAUGGUCCAGAAUACUCCCAACUGGGAAAAAAGAGAGCCGAAAUCAAGAUGGAAUCAACUUUUAUAAGGAUCUUGUGAAGAAAAUCAAGGCCGCAGGAAUGGAGCCAAUGGCGACUCUCCUGCACUUCGAUCCUCCCCAAGAUUUGGAGAACGCGUAUUUCACUUUCUUGAAGCCUGAAAUUGUGGAUGACUUCUGUGACUACGCGGAAAUUUGUUUCCAAGAAUUUGGUAACGAUAUAAAGUACUGGACAACUAUAAAUGAACCCUGGUAUGUUUCAUAUGGUGGAUACAUAAGAGCUGAGAUCCCACCUGGUUACCAAGCAGACAAGGACUAUGAUACCAUUCAGAAAGAAAUUGAUACCAAAUCAGGGAAAUCUUAUCCUGGUGAUAAUCAAGGUUCCAUCUGCCCACCAUUCCAAUGCUCAAAUAUCUCAUCGUCUUCAUCUUCGUCAGAUCCUGCUGCCAAGGAAUUUUCACCUAAGGAUGAUUCAACAUUGCCUCCUAGAGAGCAAUGGCCAUACAUUGCCGGGUAUUAUCAACUUCUCGCCCAUGCCAAGGCAGUGAAACUCUACAGAGAAAAAUACGAGGGAUCUAAAGGUGGAAAAAUUGGUCUUAAUUUAGUAGCACAAUGGUAUCUACCUUGGGAAGACACCCAAGAAAAUAUUGAUGCCGCGAAACGCGCUAUGGAUUUCAUGCUUGGAUGGUUCAUGGAUCCUUUGUAUAAAGGUGAUUAUCCAGAAAAUAUGCAUAAGUACGUUACCAAAGGUUUCCUUCCAAAGCUUGAUAAAGAUUUGGUCCAAGGAACAUACGAUUUUGUUUCCUUGAAUUACUACACUUCUCUAUAUGUUGCUGAUUUCCCAAACGAGGGUGGAGAUUUUGUUCUUGAUCGUCGAGUCAACUUCUUUGAUAGAAAUCCAGCCGGAGAACUCAUUGGUGACGAGCAGGGUCACGGUGGGUGGAUUAAUAAAUAUCCAGAAGGGCUUCUGAAUGUUUUGGUGUACCUCAAAGAGAAUUACGGCGAUCCGGAAAUUUACAUACAUGAAAAUGGUUUUGAUGAUCCAAAUCUUCCCCUAGCAGAUAGAGAUGCACUCUACGACCAAAAGAGGUUAUGGUACCACCAUGAUCACCUUCUUGCAGUGAAAGAUGCCAUAAGGUAAAAAAAAAAUUACACAUAACACAAACAUAUUACGUACUUUUAUCUAAAAAAAAUAAUCCACUUUAUUAAUCGUUAUCGUAAUACUGUCUCUUCGUUCUAUAUUUUUUAUUUAAGUGAUGAUUUUUAAUAUUGUUUGAAAAACAAUUGAUGGAUGGAUGGAUGCAGAAAAGAGGUGAGGGUUAAGGGAUAUUUCGCGUGGUCGUUAAUGGACAACCUUGAGUUAGCUGCUGGCUUCGGCUCUCGAUUCGGCAUCAUCUAUGUUGAUUAUAAGGACGAAUCGAGAAGGAGGAUUCCGAAACUCUCUUCUUACUGGUUUAAACAGUUCCUCGCAAACCAACCAAGAGAAUCUGACGCAUGACUGAAGAAGUAACUGCUGAGUUGGCUCGCGGAUUGAUGUUUUAUUACGUUAAAAAUUCUGCUCUUUGUGGUCUCUUAUCAUAUGAUGAGUUUAUUAAUUUCCAGCGUAAUAUUUUGUAUCAGAUGAACUGAAAGGCUAGCUAUAGCUUUCUUCCUGAAGAGCUGGAUAGCCUCUUCAUUAUCAUUGUUGUUGUUUUAAGUCGUUUGAGAAUAUGAGUAUUUGGUUAAUAAUAUGUGAUGGUUAUUUAUUCUUUUUUUUUUUAAUUUUAUUAAUUGCGCA